GGGUCCAUCUCAGACAGGGCCCACUGCCCACAGUCGCUCACAGAGCUGCCUUUCUUUAAGAGAAAGCAAAGGGGGGAAUUCCUUACGGUGGCUGCUGCAGUGAUGAGAAGCCUUUUCAUCCGGCUGUUUUUCAGAGUCUCCACUGGCUGCGAUAAUUACAGGGCCCCGGGCCUGCACUUUGAGCUCACUGCGCUCAUGCAGGCUCUUGAGAAAAAGCUGCGCGUCUGAUUCUCACGACACAGAUAUAAAACCACACACAAACACAUAUUGCACACGCGCGCUCCUCGCGCACGCCAUAUAGCCAGCGGAGCCAGCGCGAGCCAGCUGCUCGGAGACAUUCUUGUCGUGUCUUCGACAACUUCAGUCCGCAGACACCAGCAGCGACUGGCACCGGUGGACGACGUGAGCCGGUUUGAAGGCAUUUUUCCCCCAGUCAAACCAGUUGAGACUUGAGAGGAUGUGGAGCGUCAUUCCUCCUGCCAGACCUCACUGAAACUUUGUCGGUAAACACAACGCGGAGAGGCGGGCGGGCAGGACCCGCAGCCUGUGUGUCGUUGACCGGAGACGAUGGGAGACUCUCACUAGAUCCACUACGGCACGGAAACACCAUGGCUGUGGACGGAGCGUUAUGGUGUCUUUAGGAAACAAAAGGAGGAUGCAGGGUGGUCUGCUGAUGGUCAAUGACUUGGUGCUGAAACGGACAGCGCGCCAGAAGGAACCAGUAUAUCUCCAGUCUGAUGGUGGGACUGUUGUGGUCAGUUAUUGCAUUUAAACAGCUACCUAAAGUCCCAUAUGUGUACAAUUGUAUGUGAUUUGCAUCUUUUAUUUUAUUAUCAAUGCAUCAGUCUUUGUAAAAAAAUAAAACAGCUAGUGUUGCUUACAGUAUGUGUUGCUUUCUGUUUAAUCUACAGUGCAGAAUCAACCAAAAUACCAAGUGAAACAUAUUGCAGAGAGGUUUGACACUUCACAGCAUGUUUAGUAAGAUUUUUGUUCACAGGUUUUUCUAUCGGUGCUGGCAAUCUAUAUGCGUGCUAGUUGACGAGGAAAACUGAAGGACGGAAAAAACUCAGUCUGACAAGUGGUCUUAAUUAAAUUUGUUUAAUCCCAGAUAGGGGCUCGUUUAUGGUUACUGCAGCAGCCUGGGGGAGUAAUAGCACUGAAGGAGAGUUCAUGCAUACACAGCCUUGGAGUUACACCUCAAAGAAACAGAAAUCUCAUACAGAGUUGUAUUCAUAAUCAUCUGAUGCUGCUGGUUUGCCUUGAUGAUUGCAGAACUCAACAUUGCUCUGCUCUCGGUGGGAGAUGUUGAGUGACAGAAAGGAGAGGCGCGGAAGCCAGAAAACCAAAAGACACUCUUUCAUCUCCUCCAACCGUCGUCCCCCCUGACAGUCUCUCGUUAUGUCCUCUUUUGAAAUUCUCCUCUCACUUUAAGUGUUUUGAAAACGCACGCACACACACCAACACCGCUACACACGCUUUAGACACGGUAGGAAAAUUCUUCCAAUCUGGCACAUGAAUCAGUAAUGACCCGUGGCUUUCUACCAGCAUCUGUGCCAGUAACAGCAUGUUUACUGUAGUUCCACACUUUCUUUAAUUACUGGAUGUUGGGAAGCCGCCUGCUGUUCAGUGGGUUUGGAUGUCUGCCUGCAGGCCUCCUCGUAAUGAUGAGAAAGUGGCUCGUCUCACAGCUCCGACAUUCACCUACAAGCUCUGCAAAAAGUAACAGUGUUAGCUGAACACUGAGUUCCGUGAGUUACUCAUGAGCUCGUGCAGGCUGAGGUGACUUUGAACAUUACCUCAUGCCUGCUUACUAUCAGUAAAGCAGGUACGAGCAGGUACUUCAUAAUGACAUCAUCCCUGAAUGACAGGGUGUUUAGCGGCAUCCAGUUUCAGUUUCUGCAGGCCAGCUGUGGAGUACAGGGCUCUGCCUGAGGGCUUCAAGCACCAGCUGAGUCGACGGACCGGUGGGAAUCUAACCUGGCAUGAUGGGCGUGGGCAGAAAACCGCAGGAGGCAGGACAGUGAAGCUGCUGCAGCAGCCGGGCACAGAGGCCCUGCAGUACCGUUCCAGUGACAGUUAUGGGAUAUAUCACACAAGCCCAACACAGCCCAGUCUGAUCCGCCCAGUCGUGCUCUGGUCACAACAAGAUGUUUGUAAAUGGCUGAAGAAACACUGUCCACACAACUACCUAACCUACGUCGAGGCGUUCUCCCAGCACGCCAUCACAGGCCGCGCGUUGUUGCGACUGAAUGGGGAGAAGCUGGAGAGGAUGGGACUAGUGCAAGAAACACUUCGGCAGGAGUUGCUGCAACAGGUGCUGCAGCUUCAGGUGCAGGAGGAGGGACGCAACCUGCAGCUGCUCAGCAGAAGCGAGGGUUCCUUUGGAAGGAUAUCAUAGCCAGAUUGCUUGAAGAAGUGGAAAUUAUGGGAUAUUUACCCAAAUAAAAAUGUGAAUAAGAUCUGUGGGAUAAAUCCAUCCAGCGAGCAGCAAUACGAGUUCCAGAGGGAUGUUGUUGAGUGGAAGUUGGCAGCUUUUCAUUCCCUCUCUGCACAACGAACGGACACAAUCUUUACAGACUGCCUAUGAACUGUGAUGAAAAAGCACGAGACAAUCUGCUUUGUCAAUUUAUUGCUCUAUUCUGUGAUUCAUUAUUAACCAUUUCUCUCUUACUCUCUCUACCUCUUUCUCUCUCUGUGAAAUUUUUUUAUG